GCACCGCCAACCCCCCGUCCCCGAGAGAGUGAAACCGCCGGGAAUUCUGCACCGCAGCCGCCGGGGUUUCUGAGGCUUAGCGUUGUAUUUCGACCGACCCAAAUCUCCCGACCAAUCGACCGAUUGACCCAAUCGUUUGGACAUUCACCGUUGCGUCAACAGCCAUGGAAAACUACCAGAAACUCGAAAAAGUCGGAGAAGGAACGUACGGUGUGGUAUACAAGGCUCGCGACCUCAACAAUGGCGGUCGCAUCGUGGCCCUGAAGAAGAUCCGCCUCGAAGCCGAGGACGAGGGCGUUCCAUCCACCGCCAUCCGGGAGAUUUCGCUGCUCAAGGAGAUGCGGGACCCGGCCAUCGUGCGCCUCUACAACAUUGUCCAUGCCGACGGCCACAAGCUGUACCUUGUCUUUGAGUUUCUCGACCUGGACCUCAAGAAGUACAUGGAGGCGCUGCCCGUCAGCGAAGGCGGACGGGGUAAGGCGCUUCCGGAGGGGACCGGCGCCCAGCUGCAAGGCAUGGGUCUCGGCGCGGCCAUGAUCAAGAAGUUCAUGCGCCAGCUCUGCUCGGGUGUGCGCUACUGCCAUAGCCAUCGCAUCCUGCAUCGUGAUCUCAAGCCGCAGAACCUGCUGAUUGACCGCGAGGGGAACCUGAAGCUGGCCGACUUCGGCUUGGCUCGCGCGUUUGGCGUGCCGCUCCGUACCUACACACAUGAGGUCGUCACCCUGUGGUACCGCGCCCCCGAGAUCCUGCUCGGCGGGCGCCAGUAUUCGACCGGAGUGGACAUGUGGUCCGUCGGAUGCAUCUUUGCCGAGAUGUGCACCCGCAAGCCCUUGUUCCCAGGCGACUCGGAGAUUGACGAGAUCUUCAAGAUCUUCCGCCUCCUCGGCACUCCGACUGAAGACAUCUGGCCCGGCGUGACCAGCUACCCCGACUUCAAGUCCUCCUUCCCGAAGUGGGUGCGUGACCACUCGGUACCGCUGUGCGCCAACCUGGACGAGGCGGGCCUGGACCUCCUGGAGAUGAUGCUCGUCUACGACCCCGCCGGCCGGAUCUCGGCCAAGCAGGCCUGCAAUCACCCGUACUUUGAGGACCUCGAGCCGGACCCGCGCACCGCCCAGUACAACUACCACUAGGACCGGGAGUUGGGCUGCAUGGGUAUCAAGACGGUCCAUCCUGCGGCUCGCCGGCGGAUGGUGCCCGCCCCAAGCCACAACCUCUAGAGGGGUUCAGCCGGGUCGAGCGAAUCGCCGCCACCGGCUACGGCGUUCCUCGGCCAACCUAGCC